AUUAUUAUUUCUCGGGAAUGGCAACAUUGGGGCAGCCAUGUUGCUCCGGGUUCGCCAGUGUGUCGCGGCCAAUGCGCCGUCGACGCAUGCCUCCAAGCUCCGCCCAUCGAUUGCGGCAGCCCGCGCCGUACCAGUGGCAGCCCGCGCCGUAGCAACGAGGAGGAGCAGCCAUGCCGCCGUGGCCGUCUCCGAGCACCGCCUGCACCCGCCCUUUGCGCGCUACGCGCACGGCACGGUCGUCGAGCCGCACUCGCAGCUUGUCUUCACCUCGGGCACACUCGGCAUACACAAGGACGGCUCGAUUCCGGAAAGUGCCGAGGCCCAGGCGCGUUUGGCGCUCGGCAACGUGCUCGAGAUCCUGCGCGCCGCCGGUGCGAACGAAAAACAUGUCGUGCGCCUCAAUGCGUUCGUCACGCAUCGCGACCAUUUGCAAGCGUACAUGAAAGCGCGCGACGAAACGAUGGGAGGCGUCCCACCGACGGCUUCUACCCUGAUGGUUGUCUCGGGCUUCGCGCGGCCGGAGUUCCUCGUGGAGGUCGAGGCGAUCGCCGCGGUGCCGCGACCGCGCCGGCGCGCGCAACCCCGCUGGCGCCGCGGCUUCUCGACGGCAAGUGCGUCAUGUGUAUCCAAAGCGCGCGGCUUCGCCACCGCGGCGCGGCCGUCGCCCGACGCCGUCGCUUCUGCCGUAGCCAAAGCGCGCGACGCCGGCGUCAAGGUGUUUGCGCGCGCCGACGACGACGCGAACCAGCUACGCAUGAUCCGGAAGCUGUCGCGCGACGCGUUCGAAUAUAGUCCGGUGCUGGCGAAGAAGCUGGAAGGUUUGGAGGCCGACGCCGUGGCCUUUGCGAAAACGCAAGACGACGUCGUGAGUGUUGUUGCAGCGGCGGUCAGCGAAAACGUGCCGGUCGUCGCGCGCGGCGCCGGAACGGGAAACUACGGCCAGGCCGUGCCGCUCUUCGGCGGCAUCGUGCUGGACCUGAGCGGCCUCGACCAGAUCGAGAAGCUCGACGCCGAGCGAGGCACGGUCCUGGCGGGCGCCGGCAGCCUGCUGUCCACGAUCGAAGACGCGACGCGGCAGCAGGGCUGGGAGCUGCGCCAGCACCCGUCGACGCGACGGAACGCGACGCUGGGCGGCUUCGUGGCCGGCGGAUCGACGGGCCACGGCGCGCUCCUGCACGGCGGGCUGAGCGAGGACGGCGCGGUGCUCGGCCUGCGCGUCGUGACCGCGGUAGCGACCUGUGCGGAAGUCGACCAGUGAGUUAGGUUGCGAAAUUCGAUUUCCACACAGGAAGCGACGCCGCGCGUGCUAGAGUUGCGAGGACGGGACGUCUUCCCCGUGGUCCACGCCUACGGCACGAACGGUAUUAUUGUGGCGGUGGAGGUGCCGCUCGCGCGGGCGCAGCCCUGGGUCGACGUGACGGCGUGCUUCCCUUCACUGAAGGAGGCGGCGGCCUUCGCGCUGGACGCCGGGAACGCGCCGUCGGUGCCUUGUAGGGGCGCCGCCGUCUAUCAAGCUCCGUUGGCGUUCAAGUUCCUCGACAAGGAGCCGUCGAUCAUGCACGCCGACCGGCCCUCGACGGAUGGAGAUCAUGUGGCGCUCGUGCAGUGCGCGGCCGCCGGCGUGGGCCCCAUCCGACGACUCGCGGAAGAUAACGGGGGCGAGGUGUCGCGCGUGAUCAAUGCCGAAGAUGCGCCGCGGCCCAUGUACGAGUUUGGAUGGAACCACACGACGCUGCACUGCCGGCGCAAGGACAAGAGCACGACUUAUUUGCAAAGUGUGCUCGAGCCGGACAAAGCACUGGAGUUGGUGCAGAAGGUCCAGGACGAGUUUGAUUCAUCAGAGUUGCUCCAGCAUUUGGAAUGCGUGCGGUUUGGGGGCAAGGUCGGUUUUGCGUCAUUGGCCUUGCUCUGGCCGUCGACACAUGAAAGAUUACAUGAAAUUUUAGCAUGGCACGAAGCGAACGGCAUGCCCAUCUUCAACCCCCACACGGAGGUGCUGGAAGACGGCGGCAUGAAGCAAACGGACUUCGCGCAGCUUGGCUUCAAGGCGCGGGCCGACCCCGGCGGCGUCCUGAACCCGGGCAAGAUGCGCGCCUGGGACGAGCAGCGCGCCACGACGGAGGAAGCGGCGGACCCGCGCGGGUCCUUCGCCGCGUCGUACCGCUUGGCGGACACGUCGUCGCUCCAGGACGAGGACGUGUCCACGAAGAAGCGGUCGCGCUACUGGGCCGAGUGGAAGACGACGGAUUUUGCCGGUACGGACCUGAGCGAGGCCGUGGCGAUCCUGCCGCUCGCGGCGACGGAGCCGCACGGGCCGCACCUGCCGCUGGGCGUCGACGCGAUGCACAACAAGGCGCUGCUGGACCGCGCGCUGAAGCGGCUGCCUGAUCAUAUUCUCGCGCUCGCGCUGCCCCCGUUGGACAUCGGCGCGUCCGGCGAGCACUCGCGCUUCGCGGGCAAUUUGGAUUUGUCCGUGGACACGGCGUCGCGGCUCUGGCGCGAUUUAGGGCGGUGCGUGGCGCGGACGGGGCUCCGCAAGCUGAUUCUGUACAACUCGCACGGGGGCAACCAGGCGCUCGCCGAGGUCGUCGCGCGCCAGCUCCGGCUCGAGCACGACCUCCUCUGCGUCCUGGCGUGCAACCUGAACUUUUCGGCUGAUGAGGAGGCGGUGCAAGUCUUUCCCCAAGAGGAAUUGAUGUACGGGAUCCACGGCGGGGCCCUGGAGACGUCGCUCAUGCUGCACCUGAAGCCGGACCUCGUGGACCUGAGCGCAGCGAAAGAUUUCGCGAGCCGCGCGGCGCGCAUGCCGCCGGCGACGCGGAAUCAAUUAAGGAUGCACGCCCCGGGCUUCUCCACAAAAUGCGGCUGGCUGUCGCACGACCUGAACGCGUCGGGCGUCGUCGGCAACGCGAGGGAGGCCGCCGCGGAUCAUGGAAGGGCGCUGGCCGAUCUAGCGGUGGCGAAUCUGGUGGAGCUGGUGACCGAGGUGCACGAAGCGCGGGUCGAAGACGUCCUCGGGAAUGAGGUGGAGAGCCCGCACCGGGGGCCGCCCGUCGACGCGUCGUCGUAGGCUGUGUACAAAGUUUUAUACAAAACAACAC